GCGCGCUUGGAAGGCCGACUUCGUGGAACAGUCUCUACGGCACACCACACGCAUGAUCGUCACCACCCGGUGGUACCUGUACGCCACUGGGUCGGCCGCCGCCGCCAUGGUCGUCUUGCACGUGGCCCGCACGGACGGCACGCUUCCCGUCUUCUGGGACACUGUCGAGAUGCUUCUGUGCCUCCUCCAGAGUGUGGAGUUGUUGAUCGUAUGGGCGUAUGCUGUGGCAAGGUCAACCCAAGAACUGUUCGACAUAGCCUUUGGCAGGCUCCUCUACGAGUCCGCCAUGCUUCCCUCCGUGCUGAUGAGAAGCCUUGGUAGCCAGAGCUCCCAGCUCUCGCUGUCCUACUUCGCGUCCCUGCGCCUCCUGCACGUCUGGAGACACCUGAUCGCCACGAUGCCCUCCAAAGACAGACUCACCUUCCAGCUGGCCGACAUGGUUGUGACGCUCUUCGCCGCGACUUUCUGCAUAGCUUCUCUUAUGGCUCAGGUGGAGAUGCUGUCCGGCAACGAGUGGGACCCACUCCAGGCAUCCAGCGUGUUUCUAGAGGGAUCUGGGAAUCUGACAGCAACGGAGAUGGAGAUUUGGAAGGUAUGGAGCAUGUCCUCCAGCUUCUAUUUCAUGCUCGCAAGCGUCAGCACCGUCGGCUACGGGGACCUCGCGCCCAGGACCACGUUCGGCAGGCUGAUCGCCACAUCGGCCGCUGUCCCAGGGGCGUGGCUGGUGCUGAAGACCUUUCUGGGUAUCUCCCAAGCUCUCAGCAACGGUCUGACAGUGGGCGGCAGUUACGGAGCCAUCAAAGGCAGUAAGCACGCCGUCGUGGCUGGGACUGCGAGCAAGCAAGUGCUCAGCGAUUUCAUUUCGGAACUCUACCACGAGGACCACGAGACCGAGAGCGAGGACCUGAACCUUGUGAUUCUCGUGAUGCCAGGGCAGCGCGAGGUGAUCAAGGGGAUGAAAGCUUUUCUGAGGGAGAGACAGAAUGCGAGGGUGCGUUAUAGGGUCUGGCUGUUGCAGGGCACGGCGCUCUUAGACGUAGACCUCCGCCGCGCGCACUUCGAGCAGGCCAACAUGGGUUUUUUGCUGCCCAACCUCUACGCUACGGAUCCAGAGCAGGAGGACCUGGAGAAUUGCCUCCGUGCCAUGAACAUGCGGCGCUACGCACCGCACGUUCGCAUGGUGGCGUUGCUGCUCAACGUGUCGAAAAUUGGAAUCGGCAUGUCCGCUGGCCUGACGCGUGGUGACAUAAUUUGC